CUGCCCGAGGGCAUGACGCACCUGCCGGACAAGGCGUUCCAGGACCGCACUCCUCUCGUCUCGGUCGCCUUCCCGCGCAGCCUUGCCUCCAUCGGCAGCAGCGCCUUCGAGGGCUGCUCCUCGCUCGUCUCCAUCGACCUCCCCGCCAGCCUCGUCGCCAUCAACAACCACGCCUUCCGCCGCUGCUCCGCCCUCUCCUCCGUCACCCUCCCCGCCGGCCUCACCUCCAUCGGCAUGGGCGCCUUCGCCCACUGCCCCUUCAUCACCACCGUCACCUUCCCCGCCGGCCUCACCUCCAUCGGCCCCAGCGCCUUCCACCUCUGCUCCUCUCUCACCCGCGUCACCCUCCCCGCCGGUCUCACCUUCAUCGGCGAGGCCGCCUUCUUCCGCUGCUCCUCUCUCACCCGUGUCACCUUCUCUGCCGGCCUCACUUCCAUCAGCAGCGCUGCCUUCGCCGGCUGCUCCGCCCUCUCCUCCGCCACCCUCCCCGCCGGUCUCACCUCCAUCGGCGACUGCGCCUUCGACCGCUGCUCCGCCCUCACCACCGUCACCCUCCCCGCCGGCCUCACCUCCAUCGGCGACGCCGCCUUCGAAGGCUGCCCCUCGCUCGCCUCCGUCACCGUGCCAACCACCUGCGAGAUCGGCGCGGCCUUCGACCCCACGACCACCGUCGGCAUGACGCACCUGCCGGACAAGGCGUUCCAGGACCGCACCUCUCUCGUCUCGGUCGCCUUCCCGCGCAGCCUUGCCUCCAUCGGCAGCAGCGCCUUCGAGGGCUGCUCCUCGCUCUCCUCCAUCGACCUCCCUGCCAGCCUCACCGCCAUCAACAACCACGCCUUCCGCCGCUGCUCCGCCCUCUCCUCCGUCACCCUCCCCGCCGGCCUCACCUCCAUCGGCAUGGGCGCCUUCGCCCACUGCCCCUUCAUCACCACCGUCACCUUCCCCGCCGGCCUCACCUCCAUCGGCCCCAGCGCCUUCCACCUCUGCUCCUCUCUCAACCACGUCACCCUCCCCGCCGGUCUCACCUUCAUCGGCGAGGCCGCCUUCUUCCGCUGCUCCUCUCUCACCCGUGUCACCUUCCCUGCCGGCCUCACUUCCAUCAGCUGCGCUGUCUUUUCCGGCUGCUCCGCCCUCGCCCGCGUCAUCCUCCCCGCCGGUCUCACCUCCAUCGGCGACUGCGCCUUCGACGCCUGCGAGGCCCUCGGCUCCGUCACCCUCCCCGCCAGCCUUACCUCCAUCGGCGAAGCCGCCUUCGAAGGCUGCCCCUCGCUCGCCUCCGUCACCGUGCCAACCACCUGCGAGAUCGGCGACGCGGCCUUCGAC